CAUUCUCCAUAUGCGGCGUGACUGUUUAGGUACUAGAUGGCAAUCAAUUAAUAUAUAGGAACAGCAAACAGCAAACUGCAAUCAAGUAUCCCAUUUCCAUCUCCUCUUUCUCGCAUGUCCGAAGAUUUGAAUAUAUAGCAGAUUUUGAGAGCGUAUAUCAGAUUAUCACAUUGGUAACAGGAUAUUGAAUGGGAUAAGACCAAUAGAAGAUUGCAAAGGUACCCGAGUAACAGUACCACUUGAGACAGUGUCAAAAUGGCAGGGGCACCAGGUGCUACCUCAGAAGAGACAAACGGGGUCAGUACCACGGUUGCACCGCAACAAAUCGCUACAAAAUCAACCUCACUCCAUCCUACCUCGCCCAAUGCCCUCGCAUCCACGUUCGCCACCCCAGGACAUAGCGAAAAGAACAUCAUCGAAUCCGAAAACCAUCUCACGAAUGAAAGUAGCAUCGACCUACCCAAAAGCAAAGACCCGUCCUCAUCCGAAGAUGUCACCACAAAUCUCAAUACAGCGGCUCCUCCAGGGCCCUCACCGCAAGAUCCAGAGGCUUCGCGCACCAAAUUGGAGACGACUAUUAUUAUGAUGUCGCUUUGCGCCGCGGUAUUCCUAGCCGCUCUCGAUGUCUCGAUUAUCACUACAGCUCUCCCUACCAUUUCCGAACAUUUUCACUCGAAUGCUGGAUACACUUGGAUAGGAUCAGCCUACCUACUUGCCAACGCUGCUAGUACUCCCUGCUGGGGAAAAUUCUCAGAUAUAUGGGGACGGAAACCAAUCUUGUUGAUUGCAACGGGGGUAUUUUUCGUAGGGAGUUUAUUGGCAGCAUUGAGUGUUAGUAUUGGGAUGUUAAUUGUGGCAAGAGCGAUACAGGGAAUUGGCGGUGGAGGAGUGAUUAUUUUGGUUAAUAUUUGUGUUAGCGAUUUGUUCAGUAUGAGAAAGAGGGGAGCAUAUUUUGGAUUGAUUGGUAUGACUUGGGCUUUUGCUAGUGCCAUUGGUCCUUUGUUGGGAGGUGCAUUCACUCAAAAGGUUAGCUGGAGAUGGUGUUUUUAUAUCAAUGUAAGUUUCUGUCGAGUCUUUAUGGUUUCUCCAUUCAUUCUACUUCGCCAAAUUUCGGAAAUGUAAAUACUAAUCAAGGAUGAACAGUUACCAGUUACCGGAACAGUUGCAAUAGCACUAUUUUUCUUCCUUCAUCUCGACAAUCCAAAAACUCCAAUAUGGGAUGGCUUAAAGGCGGUGGACUGGCUUGGAAGUUUACUGAUCAUUGGUGGUACACUCAUGGUUCUUCUCGGACUCGAAUUUGGAGGCGUCACAAAGCCAUGGAAUUCGGCUACCGUCAUCUGUCUCAUAAUUUUUGGAAUCCUCGUUGCAGGAAUAUUUGUGAUCAACGAAUGGAAAUUCGCUCGAUAUCCACUCAUGCCUCUUCGUCUGUUUAAACAUCCUUCUAAUGUUGCAGCUUUGGGAGUUUGUUUCUGUCAUGGAUUCGUCUUCAUUUCAGCUUCUUAUUACCUUCCGCUUUAUUUUCAAGCAGUUCUUGGAGCUACUCCUCUACUUUCCGGUGUUUAUCUACUACCAUUCGCUCUUUCAUUGUCUUUGACAUCGGCGGGAACAGGUGUAUUUAUUAAGAAAACCGGUAAAUACCUUCCACCUAUUUAUUUUGGUCUCACGGUUAUGACUCUUGGAUUCGGUCUAUUUAUUAAUAUGCCACGUACCGAGAAUUGGUCUAAGAUCAUCAUAUAUCAAAUCGUUGCUGGUAUUGGUGUCGGACCAAACUUCCAAUCUCCACUUAUUGCCCUACAAAGCUUGGUUAAGAGAGCAGAUAUUGCAACAGCAACCGCCACUUUUGGAUUCACGAGGAAUUUGAGCACAAGUAUUAGUGUAGUGGUAGGAAGUGUGGUAUUUCAGAAUGAAAUGCAAAAGAGAAGUGCGGAAUUGGCUACGGCUCUAGGAAGUAGUGUUGCCUCAGAAUUGAGUGGUGGAAGUGCGGGUGCUAGUGUGGAUAUCGUUAAAGGAUUACCUGCUCCUGGAAGAGAAGUUGCUAGAAAUGCGUAUUGGGAAAGUUUAAGAAUUAUGGUAAGUUUGUUUUCGAUGGCGCAUCUAUAAGUCUGUCUUUUUGAAGAACAAGAAAGCUAAUAUGGAACAUAGUGGAUUAUAUACGUAGCAUUUGCAGCAUUGGGCUUAGCAAUUAGUUUUGCUGUAGGUCAACAUGUACUCAGUAAAGAACAUGAAGUUACGAAAGUAGGAUUGGAAGAACAAGAGAGAUUAAGGUUAGAAGCUAAGCAGGCGAAGAAAGCGAAGGAUGUAGAAGCUGGAGGACGAAUUAUGCAAGGAAAUCCAGAGGGAGAGAAAGGUCUUAAUUGAGAUGGAGAAAAUCGCAUGGGGUUGAGGAAUGGGAAAGCUGAAAAGUUUGUCGUUUAUUGCAUAGCGUGCGUGGAUCUGCGUUUGCAUUGCAUUUUAGAGAUGGAUUUUGCAUAGUAUGGUGGGUGGUGGGUGAUGGGUGAUGGUUUGCAUUAUAUACCCUCAUGAUUCAUGCUGUUGCAUCUUUGGUUUGUUGAUUUGGAUGGUUGAUGUUUAUUGGAUGAUGAAGAUGGGUGAUGGAUGAUGGAAUCAUGAAUAAUUUUUAAGUAAUAAAGAAUGGAAAUGGAAAUGGAAAUGGAAAUGGAAAUGGAAGAUACAAAUAUAUACGAGAUUCUUGAAGAUAUGCUCGUAUGUAAUGAGAUUUUAGUUUGGAUUUUU